AUGCUCCGUCACGGCACCCGCGCCCUCGCCCGUCGAGCCACGCGAACAGCAGCGUCGCCUCACCUGGUCGCCUGCGAAUCCACGCCCGCCGCCGUAGCAGCCGCAAAUGGAUCGAGUAUGGCCAUCGGCGCACCGCGCAGCUUCGCCUCGACCUCUCGCGUCCGCCUCGACUCGCACUCGCACUCGCCCCCGCCCUCGUCGUCCAAGACAGGCAGCGCGCCGUUUUCCUCGAUCCACCCGUCCGAGAUCGAGCACUUUAGCCGGCUCUCGUCACAAUGGUGGGACGAGCACGGCGAGUUUGGCCUGCUCCACGCCAUGAACCCGGCCCGCAUCCAGUUUAUGCGCGAAAAGCUCGACGAGGUGUGGGGCUGGGAGGCAGCAGAGGCACAGGUCCGCGCCCACUCGUCCGGUGGCGCCGGCGGUGGUAGCGAACCGGGGGCAGAGGCGAGCGGACCCACACCGGGUCGCGUUCGGUUCCUCGAGGGCCUGGAUGUGGCCGAUGUAGGGUGUGGCGGUGGCCUGCUGAGCGAGAGUCUGGCAAGGCUCGGCGCGCGCACCACGGGCAUCGACGCCUCGUCGUCCAACAUCGGGAUCGCCACGACCCACGCCGCAAAGGACCCGCUCCUCUCGCGGCCGCACCCGCUGGGCGGACCCUGCCUCACCUACCGCCACUCUACCGCCGAAGACGUCCUGGCCGAGGGCGCCCAGUUCGACAUUGUCUGCGCGAUGGAGGUCAUUGAACACGUCAACGGACCCGCCGAGUUCCUGCGGUGCCUCGACAAACUCGUCAAGCCGGGAGGCCACAUCUUCCUAUCGACCAUCGCACGCACGCCGCUAUCCUACUUCCUCACCAUCUUCAUGGCCGAGCACCUCCUCCGCCUCGUCACGCCCGGAACCCACACCCACUCGCAGUACAUCAACCCGGACGAAAUCGUCGCCUUUUUCCAGAACGACCUCAAGUGGUUCCACCCGCACCAGCAAGGGCAACAGGGUCAGCAAGGGGGCCAACGACCGCAGAGGCUCAUCUACGAGACGCGCGGGACCGCCUACCUCCCCUGGAAGUCGAGCUGGACCCUCGCCCCCAGCGGCACAAAUUGGCCCGGUACCCAGGAGUGCAACUACUUUUUCUGGGCCCGCAAACCUCAUCUCGCCGUCAAUGGCGCCAAUUGA